CCAGGCGCUGCCGGGUCGCCUAGCAACGGCGCCACGCAGAGCCAUGCAGGCCCGCGGCAGCAGAGAGCAGGAGGCCAGGGAUUAUUUGGAAAAACAUCGGAUUAUGGAGUUGCUGAACUAUCUCACCAGCACCCUGCUCUUUUUCCGGCCAGAAAACCCAAGAGAGUAUUUAAUAUCUGUAUUGGAACGACUGAGAAUUGCCAAAAUGACAGGCUUGGCUUUUCCUUUCUUUAUGGAUCAUUCUAACAUUGUGUCUAUGUUUGAGAUGAUGGACACUUCAAAUAAAGGCACCAUAUCGUUCGUGCAGUACAGAGAAGCCUUAAAAACCCUGGGUCUGUUGACUGCAGAUGAAGUUUUAAAAGAUGAUGGACAUGCAGUAACUCUGGAUAAAUUCAGACGUGAAGUGAACAAGAGGAUGGAGGAAAUAUGGGCAGCGUUUUAAUAAUGCCAUCAGUCCAAGAUAAUAAAUGAUUCCAUAAAGUU